AUGUACAUGUUCUCAACGGUAAGAUUUUUAUAAUUUGAUUUGUCAUUCGAUUUUCAGUAGUGCAUGCUAAACUAUUUUUCCAUAUCUACAACAAUAACCUCCACUAUCUCUACAUUUAAAUGUUACCAAACUCUACAAUGCAUUUGCCAUUAGCCAUCAUGAAAUUGACUCCUCUAUUGAAAUGAUCUUUCAGCGUUACCAUAUUGUAGCUCAGUCAAGUUGCAUUUAACCUAAAUGAUUGCGUUUUAGAAUACUUUUAUUUUAUUGCUAUCGCAUGCAUUUGGUCAUGGUAUCCUAGCAGAACGUCUCUCGCUCACAGAACGUGGCAGAGAUACAGAAGGCUACUACAGCAACCUGGCUAGAGUUGCCCUUCAGUGUCCAUCUCUGUCCUCGGCUAUCUAUUUGAUCCUAUAAAUAAAGCAUUAGUUGAAUGUUGAGUUGUGUAAGACAAAUUGAGCCUGUGCAUAUUCAUUUGUCUAUCCUGUGAUUCCCUCUGGAGGCAGAGUUGUGCUGUAAUUGGUCAGAUCGUUUACUCAUGAUGUUCUGAGAGGUUAAGGGGUCACUGUUUUCCCCAAUGCACAUAUUACCUAAUAGGCUGGUAUAUCUAGUUUUGUGUGUGUGUGUGUGUAUUGCUUGGAGAAAGUUAGUGGUUAAGUGCCUUGCUCAAGGGCACAAUGCCAUAUAGCCCUGGGAAUUAAACCGGCAACCCUUUGGUUAUAGGCCAGCCUCUCUAACCUUGAGGCUACUGCCACCCCUAUUGAUGAGGUUAAGGUAGAACAUUGAAAUUGCUGUGUAUGGAAUCGGAUAUCCCAUUUCAUUGAAUGAUAGAAUGAGAGUAAGGUCAGAGAGGUUGGAUGAUGACCUUACCGCAUGACUGGAGUGGACUUUGAUGACUAAGGGAUACCUCUUGUUCCUCCCAUUACAGAGACAUAAAGUGUCAGGAGGAAGAGAAAGGGAGUUUGUGUGAGAGAGGGGUAAGGGGGCUGAUGUGUGGGGUUUUCAAAUCGUAGUCCUCAAACUCAGCAUGAAAUCUGUAAUGGGAAAAUCAACCCGCUGACUCUGGUGUAAUUGGAUUUUACAGGGACUCGUGCUAAAUCAGAGAGCUGUGGGUAGGUAGCACAAAGCUUGUUAAGGCUAGACAAGCCACACCACAGGCUAAAGGGGACAGGACGUGUGGUGUGAUUGUGAGUAUAUUAGUGGGUGUGUUUGGUAGGGGGCUGUUACCAAAGAGAAAAUUAACUGCUCAAAAUGGUUCAGUGUUGCCCAUAAAUUAACUUAAAAGUUACAGUAGUCUCUGGGAAUGUAAGCCUCUGUAACAUUGAUUGGAAAGGUAAUAAUCCCUUCUGUUCUGAUUUGGAGCAGUGGUUACUUUUAAAAAGCUAUGUGGCUUUAAAAUAUAACUUCUUUGUUGUGAAUGUCUCCUCUCUGUUUAAUCAAUGUGGCUGUAAUGCAAGAUGCCUUUGUUCAUGUUUUACAGGAUGCUUGACUUUAAAUUUUAAACAGGCGGAAUGAGAGGGCAAUGUUUUGCUGCCCGCAAGACUUUCACAACCCAACACAUCACUUAGCACUGAGCUACAAGAUAUAGAGAAGGUUAUACAAACAUCUCUACUUUGUUUUUUCUUAAAUAAUCAUUCUGGAUAGCAAUGUCGAUCAAUAACUCAUUUAUGGUUAGGUAAAUCAUGUAUGAUAUGUUUGAAUGAAAAUGAGAACAAACUUGAAAUAUAUAUUUUUAGAUGACAUAAGAGCCACUAGAAUACAUAAUAGGAGUUUCUCUGACACAUGAAGGUUAAGCAGGAAAGCCAGCAUAGUACUGUAUGGCCCUCUUACUGCAGCACAGGCUGGUGUUGACAGUAGCUGUAAGAUGCACUGAAAGGACAAUAGUUUCAUCCCAACUGGCCCGAUACUGUAGCUUCAGCAUGGCAGUGAUGAGUGGUUUGUAAUUAGUCAGAAUUGUAUCUGCCUAAUCAAAGAUCAGUAACACAAUACCUGUGCUGUAAUUUUGUGCGAGGAGGAGGAUGAGGAGAUCGACUUUCCGCAUCCUUGUGUUACUCACGCAGGCACACACACACACACACACACACACACACACACACACACACACACACACACUCUGUGGGUCCGUGGACGCUCAGGUGAUGUGCUGAAUGAGACCUUCCUAGGCUUAAUGAAUGAUUAACUAUCUUAGAGCUCCCAGAGCCAACUAUAUCAUUAUGGUCUCAUUAUGGACAGGACAGGAGUGACGCUUUAGCAGGAAGUACUAGUCCACACAUUGGCACUCCCCACUGAACCCCUCCCCUGGUCCCCAGAACCUGGCCAGUUCUGUCAGAGGGACAGAGGAAAAGCAGAGGUAGAGCAGUGUGACGGUGAGGUGAUACGGUCAAAGGGACAAACCUGCAUCUGAAUCGCCAGAGGCUAAAAGUGGCUCUAGAAUGGGAGUGCUGCUCAGUUGCUAGCCCCAGGACGAGAGUCCACCUCUACUGCAUACUCUGGGACGAUAGUUGAACGUUGUUUGGAUUCUAUCUGAUCCAUUACAAGACCGAUUCAACCAUGACUCACAUGGCUUUGGAGAUGAGUGAGGUAAUACUGUGGUGUGUGUUUUUUUGUGUGUCUGUGUAGCCUGUUUAUACCUGGUUCUAACUUACGUCCUUUGUCGUGUCCACAUUCUGAUUGUGCCCACAUUUUUUGACAGGUGUAGACAAUCAAAAGACAUUGUGAUCAGAUCAUCCUGUCCACCUCCGUAGGUAGUCAGACACUAAAAUCAUUGAUAAGUGGCACCAUUGACUGAUUACAUAAAUAUGUGUCUUACAAUAAAUAUAUAAGUAUUCUUUUGAAAGAAUAGUUGUGAAAUAAUUUGCAUAAAGGAAAGGGACCAGGAAAUCUGGUACAUUUACAUUUUAGUCAUUUAGCAGACGCUCUUAUCCAGAGCGACUUACAGUUUGUGAGUGCAUACAUUUUCAUACUAGCCCUCCGUGGGAAACGAACCCACAACCCUGGCGUUGCAAGCGCCAUGCUCUACCAACUGAGCUACAGGGGACUUAUACAGGGUUACCAAUGCAUACAUAGUGUAGACACAUUUCUGGAAAUGUGGGCACAAUCAGAAAUUAGACCAGAUCAGGUAAAAGGACCCAUGUUAGCACAAGGUAUAAACUGGGCUUUUGUUUCUCCUCUGUUUAGAACAACAUAUUGAUAAGGUAUUUUAUGCUAAAUAUAUUUUUACCCAAUGUUAUGAAGACCACCACCUAAAGGUUCAACCUUUGCCAGACUUUUUAAAAUCUUUAAUAGCAAUACAUAUACGGUACUCAUAUUGUUUUCUACCGCAUUAUAGUACCCUGUAUUUUAUCCAAUCUCUAUAAUUGAAGCUAUAUAAAGGGAGCAUUGUAUGAAGAGAUACAGGUGAUACCAGGUUUCUCUAGACACCUGGAGCCCCCUAAAUGUGUGUUUGUUGCCCUGAGUGAUGUGAUGUGUGGUGUUAGUCAGUGGCCCACGCACGAGGAGUGCUAUCUCUUUCAGGAGCCUAACGGCCACUUUGUGACAGAGUAACAGGAUCCUGUGCCAUAGUGGAGAGCCUGGGACAAUGGGCUGGCCUCUCGGGUGAUGGCCGCUGGGUCAGAUAGGCUUUCCUGUACCGUUUUAGCCUGCCAUCAAAUUUAGGUAUCUUGUUGCUCAUUUUCCGCCUUUACGAGUGUCAUCCUUUUCUCUCCACAUCCUUUUCCAUUCUUUGUGUGUGUUAUCACCUGUUUCAGACUUCUUCCCACUCUCAUUAUCCUCUCCUUUAAAAAAAAAAAAGACUCCUGUGUACCAUUACCAUUAGGUGACACUGUUUCCUAGAUUACAGUAGAACUGUGUUGUGCAAGUGUAUCUAUCUCUCUCUCUGUGUGUGUGUGUGUGUGUGUGUGUAUUCCUAUGUAUGAGUUUACAUGGAUCGUGUCCUUGGGCCAUGCUGGUUGGCCUGUUGUUAUUUUCUCAUCUGCCGAGUGUUCUCAGAUUUUCAGCUCAGAUUCCCCCUGAAUGGCUGUAAUCUCUGCCUUGCCACCGGCCUGCCCAGCCUGAUGCCAACAGAGCACCAACAAUGGGUGGAGUGCCAGGGUCAGGCCUGGCAUGCAACCUGACCACAGGGCAAUUGUCUCUGUUCAGUAUUUUAGGCCUGGUACAGGGUGGUCAGGUGUAGCAGGGCAGUGUGCGAACUUGAUAUCACUUUGGAAGGAAAUAAUGAAUUUAAUGUACAGUUGAAGUCGGAAGUUUACAUACACUUAGGUUGGAGUCAUUAAAACUCUUUUUUCAACCAUUCCACACAUUUUUUGUUAACAAACUAUCGUUUUGGCAAGUCGGUUACGACAUCUACUUUGUGCAUGACACAAUUAAUAUUUCCAACAAUUGUUUGCAGACAGAUUAUUUCACUUAUAAUUCACUGUAUCACAAUUCCAGUGGGUCAGAAGUUUACAUACACUAAAUUCACUGUGCCUUUAAACAGCUUGGAAAAUUCCAGAAAAUGAUGUCAUAGCUUUAGAAGCUUCUGAUAGGCUAAUUUACAUCAUUUGAGUCAAUUGGAGGUGUACCUGUGGAUGUAUUUCAAGGCCUACCUUCAAACUCAGUGCCUCUUUGCUUGACAUCAUGGGGAAAUCAAAAGAAAUCAGCCAAGACCUCCGAACAAAAAAAAUGUAGACGUCCACAAAUCUGGUUCAUCCUUAGGAGCAAUUUCCAAACGCCUGAAGGUACCACGUUCAUCUGUACAAACAAUAGUACGCAAGUAUAAACACCAUGGGACCACACAGCCGUCUUACCGCUCAGGAAGGAGAUGCGUUCUGUCUCCUAGAGAUUAAUGUACUUUGGUGCGAAAAGUGCAAAUCAAUCCCAGAACAACUUGUGAAGAUGCUGGAGGAAACAGGUACAAAAUAAUCUAUAUCCACAGUAAAACGAGUCCUAUUUCGACAUAACCUGUCAGCAAGGAAGAAGCCACUGCUCCAAAACCGCCAUAAAAAGCCAGACUACGGUUUGCAACUGUACAUGGGGACAAAGAUCGUACUUUUUGGAGAAAUGUCCUCUGGUCUGAUGAAACAAAAAUAGAACUGUUUGGCCAUAAUGACCAUAGUUAUGUUUGGAGGAAAAAGGGGGUCGCUUGCAAGCCCAAGAACACCAUCCCAACCGUGAAGAACAGAGGUGGCAGCAUCAUGCUGUGGAGGUGCUUUGCUGCAGGAGGGACUGGUGCACUUCACAAAAUAGAUGGCAUCAUGAGGAAGGAAAAUUAUGUGGAUAUAUUGAAGCAACAUCUCAAGACAUCAGUCAAGAAGUUAAAGCUUGGUCGCAAAUGAGUCUUUCAAAUGGACAAUGACCCCAAGCAUACUUCCAAAGUUGUGGCAAAAUGGCUUAAGGACAACAAAGUCAAGGUAUUGGAGUGGCCAUCACAAAGCCCUUACCUCAAUCCUAUAGAAAAUGUGUUCUCAGAACUGAAAAAGCGUGUGCGAGCAAGGAGGCCUACAACCUGACUCAGUUACACCAGCUCUGUCAGGAGGAAUGGGCCAGAAUUCACCCAACUUAUUGUGGGAAGCUUGUGGAAGGCUACCCGAAACGUUUGACCCAAGUUAAACAAUUUAAAGGCAAUGCUACCAAAUACUAAUUGAGUGUAUGUAAACUUCUGACCCACUGGGAAUGUGAUGAAAGAAAUAAAAGCUGAAAUAAAUCAUUCUCUCUACUAUUAUUCUGACAUUUCACAUUCUUAUAAUAAAGUGGUGAUCCUAACUGACCUAAGACAGGGCAUUUUUAGUAGGAUUAAAUGUCAGGAAUUGUGAAAAACUGAGUUUAAAUGUAUUUGGCUAAGGUGUAUGUAAACUUCCGACUUCAACUGUAUAUAAUUGGAUGGUUCUUCCGUUGUCAGCGAUUUAGAGUGUGUCAAACACAAGUGCCUAGAGAAACUCUUUCUCGCGCACGCACAGAAUGGAAUGUGAAGACAUUCUCACUUUCAGUGUGGAUAAGAAGGCUCCAGUUCCAAUGUUUGUGCUAAGGAGGGGAGAAAGGGACUUUCUGUAUUGUCAGAUUGAUUCUGACAUCUCAAAUGGGGCGCCUUCAAUGAUAUUGUUCACUUGUCUCAUUGGUUUAACUUCAUGAUGAACUGGGCAGAGAUUGGAGGGAGGGAUGGUGGAGGGGAAGAGAGUGCAAAAUAAAGAGUGUCUUGGAGGUGGGAGAAAUCAACCCCCCACCCCUUCCACAUCCCUAACCCAGUUACCCUCUUUCCUUGAGGAUUGGAGUAACAAUUCAAUAGUAAUUAAAUCAGACAAAAAAUGAGUUUCCAUGUUUUUUUCCUCAUGAUAACUAUAGAGACCAUUACUUAUCUUUAAAGUCUGUUCCUUGUCUUAUGAAGGACUUGCUUUUGGGGUUCACAGAUUAGACUAACAUGCCCCCCCCCCCAACCCUCACCCACAUCUCCUGUUGCUCUUCCUCUUGCUUCAUCGUUGCGCCCAGCAUUGCCCUCCUUGCAUUAAAUAGGCCAAAUAUCUUUUGUGUUUUGACUGCCGAGUGUGAAAUUGACUGUGACGUUGAAUGUGUUCUAAUGAAUAAUUACUGAAUAGAUAUACUGGCUGAAUGUGUGUAAUGGAUUGUAGACUGCUCUUUAAAAAGUUUUCCACCAUCUUUUUAUUCACACGACCAAAAAUGCUUUUCACAUGCAAGAGGGACGGGAGGAGCAUUGUGUGAUAAUUUGAUAUAAAUGAUUAUCUUUUUAUGGAUGUUUUCUCAACUUAACAGAACAUUUAAAAAGCCUUUCUUGCAGUUCAGGGAAAAAAGUACUAUAGAAUUGUAUAAAAGAGGUUUUCAGUGUUGCAGAGCUGGCAACCAUAGGGAGAGGGUGGGAGAAUGGGGGUUGGAAGAGGAGAUUUGAGUUUUUUCUCAGAGGAGUGGAUUGAAGAAGUUUUUAGCACUCCUUCGCCCCCCUGUGUUUUCAGAAAUACAUAAUGGAGGGCUAGUUUUAGGCAGCUUUAGCCUUAUCCCACUGGACAAAAACUGGUUCAAUCAACGUUGUUUCCACGUCAUUUCAACAAAAUAAAUCAAUGUGAUGACGUUGAAUCAAUGUGGAAACCUGAUUGGAUUUGCAAAAAGGAAUAAGUGUAAGGGAAUUUAGUCUUUUUUUCAACCACCUUUUAACCUAAAUCCAAUGGCAUGGUGACAUUCUUGGUUGAUUUCACGUUGAAUUCACGUUAGUUGUUGUCAACCAAAUGUAUAUCAAAACUAGACGAACUGAAGUCUGUGCACAGUGGGAUAUGUCUUCAGGUAGCAUGGUGGGAGCCUGGGUGUGUGCCUCUGGAUCUCAAAUGAACUUUUAACUCAUGCCCGGACAUUUACCACACGGCUCCUAGUAAACUAUUCACUGUAGCUCACUGAAGCUUAGAAGACACGCAUGACGUACAGUCACCUCCGAAAUGAUUGGCACUCUUGAUAAAGAUGAGCAAAAAAAACAGUAUAAAAGAAAUCAUACAAAUACUAAGCUAUAUUGUAUGCAAAAAAAAAAUGAAAACGAUAUUAUUUUAUAGUAAUACAAUUGCUCAGAGAAAGAGAUUGUGUUUAACAAGGAAUAUUUUUUUAUCUCAAAAAGGAUAGGGGUCAAAAUUAUUGGCACCCCUGUUUUCAAGACUCCAGCACCCUCCCCUUGCGAGGAUAAUGGCACAGAGCCUUUUUCUAAAAAAAAUUAUGAGAUUGGAGAACACAUUGGGAGGGAUCUUAGACCAUUCCUUCAUACAAAAUCUUUCCAAAUCCUUAAUAUCCUUCGUCUGCGCUUAUGGACUGCCCUUUUCAAUUCAAACCACAGGUUUUCAAUGGGGUUCCAGUCCAGAGACUGAGAUGGCCUUCCCUAGGGAAAUGGCCAUCAGGAAACCACGAUGAAAACAAUUUAAAAAGUGAUGAAUCGCCUUGUGUGUUGGUGCCCUUGGCCCAUCUUCCACCUGGUAACUGGGACUGGUAGUGUUGCUUUCCUGUAAGUGGGGCUGAAAAUAGCCCUGUUUCCCCUAUAAAUAAGAGUCCAGAGGGAGAUUGACAUCCAGUGCUUUGCUAAGCAGGACAACGGGGUAAUUUGGUGUAAAGGGAUUUGGAGAGAGCAGCCUUAGAACAGUCCAGUCAUCACUAUACAUGGAGCUGUCUUUCUCACCUUUAUGUCAUAAAGUAAGCUGACAGUUUUAUUUAAGACUUAGUAAGUAAUAAAGUUAUACACGUGACUCCACAUACACAUGCACGUACACACUUACUAUCACUUCUGCUUCCUUUCUCGCUCACUUUUUACAUUAUUGAUGGCUUCCUAUUGGUGGAAAUGGAGGGGGCAAUAUGUCAUUGUUUCCUGCCAUACUGUCCUUUCCCUAAAUAAACCCAGAUGUUCAGUAUAAAAAGGGAUUGAAGCUCACAGCAGUCUGAGACAGAGGACUUUCUUUCACUCAAGGUAGGGACUUAGCUACUUUUAAAAUCUUUGUAAAGAAAAAUAUAUAUUAAGAUACAUUUUGUGUAUGGCAGUGUUUAAGUUGUACAUUUCAAAAUUGCAGUCACCCUGAGGGUGGAUUGUUGUGGAUAUCAAUUACGAUACCAUGGGACCUUGGGACCAGGUUAACUUGGCACUGUUGUGAGCCAAACCGGUGGAGCAUUCAAAUAUUAUGGAUGGUACUUUCAUAGCACUGUAAUUAAGGAGCACAGAUCUGACUGAUAAUGUUACCUGAUGCAUAUUGUUGUCCAAGAGCUCAUUUGUUUGGGAUACAAAACUUCAGCAACAAUUUUAUUCCAUGUCGGUACACUGUGCCUUCUGUUCAGUAUAUACAUUAUGGAAGCACAAUAGCAUUGUACACUAUCAUUGGGAUAGCAUUAUUUGCAUUUUCUAGGAGUUGAUUUCAGUGCAACAUCUUUAGAGUUGGUCUUUUGACCCUGCUGUUGGGGUAAAUGACAGGGUGGAGUCUGCCCUAUAGAUGUGUGGGGAGGGGGACGUGUGUAUCAGUGACAAGAGACUGAUUGCUCCUUGAGGAACAUGGAAGUAGAUUAGAUAGGGAUCCCUAAACUGACCUCCUAUCUGUGCUGAGAGGAUGUGGUCAAGGCCACCACACACUCUGAGUGGAAGUGAAUGGAGGGCCAGAGAUGAGGGCAGAUUGAGAGUAAAUUAACUGGUUUAGGGCUAGAUUGUCUGUGUGUGUGUGAGAGUGUGUGUGUCAGUGAGCACUGCAUGGCACGGCAUCAGACCUGACAGAUGCAGAUAACUACAAGGAAACAGGACACAGAGGAACAGGACAUUAGGCAGUGAAAGGUUCCUUGAGUUAUUGCUGUUAAAACACCACUAAUAUGAAAAACACGCGAUUGUAAACAUGUUGUGUAUAUCUGAAAAUAAUACAGCAGAUAAGUUAUGCUGGAAGAUGUGGAACAUCUAAUCUGGUUUGUCGUAAAUAAACGUUUACAGCUGUCAUGUCUUGAUGAGAUUUGUGACAGUGUUGUUGUGUUGUGCUUCUGGGGCAUUUGCACAGCUAUAAGAUAUCAAUGUAACCAUCCUGGACCCUGUCUCUGAUUGGUCAGAGCCUGGAGGAGCGCUGUAACCGGAUCCUCCGGGACAUGGAGGGUACCCUUACAGCCCGGGAUCGCGUGGGCAUCCAGGAUUUUGUUUUGCUGGACGCCUACACCAGUGAGAGUGCCGUCCUGGACAACUUGAGGAAACGCUUCAACGAGAACCUCAUUUACGUGAGUCUAUCCCCUACACAGUCCGGAGCUAUCACAUAGCCUUCCUUUCAGCCAAAAAGCCACCCUACCUCAAGACGCCAGGGAGAACACAGUGUUUCUCCCCUAAUUGAACUGGCACUUUGUUCUGCUGAAACAGCAGCUACUGUGCUGUAAGUACAGCCACAGGGUGAGCUACCUUACUUUCUGUAAGGCCAUGUCUGAUAAUUACUCACACUGUAGAUAACAAGCACAGCACAUUCUCGUUGCACCCAUGCAGUGAGGCAUCCAUCUCUCAUCCAAUUCUAAUACAUUUCCCACAGACCUACAUUGGUACGCUCUUAGUGUCAGUCAACCCCUACAAAGAGCUGGGAAUCUACACCAAGAAGCAGAUGGAUAUUUACAUGGGCGUCAACUUCUUUGAGCUUCCACCCCACGUGUAAGUUGCAUUUGUGUACGUGUAUAACGUGUGUGUGCUUGUAUGUGUGCGUCACAAGAUAUGAAAUAGAGUGCUGCCAAUCUAUCUAUAUCCAUCAGCAGUGUUAUUGAACCUGUUCAAUUGCCCUCCCUUUCAGCUACGCCCUGGCAGACAAUGUCUACCGCACCAUGUUAACAGAGACCAACAACCACUUCAUCUUGAUCUCAGGGGAGAGUGGAGCAGGGAAGACGGAGGCCUCCAAGAAGAUCCUGCAGUUCUACGCUGUCAGCUGCCCCAGUACCAAACUGCUGGACAACGUCCGAGACCGACUGCUGCUCUCCAACCCUGUGCUCGAGGUGAAUAGCAUAGUAGAGCAAACACGACAUGAGAAAUUAACAUUGUUUGCACACUGCCAUUUACAAAUACAAUGACUGAUAAUACAGUCUGUACCUCUCUAAGGCUUUCGGAAAUGCCAAAACCCUGAAGAAUGACAACUCAAGCCGCUUUGGGAAGUACAUGGAUAUUCAGUUUGAUCACAUGGUAAGUGUCAAGACGUUGAGCACAGCAUUCCCAUAGUAAAACAUCAGAGGAAUAUCAAACAUCAGUACGUCAAUCACUGUUAGAUAUUUAAUGAUCUAGGGGGGAGCUGUUGGUGGCCACAUCCUCAGUUAUCUACUGGAGAAGUCCCGGGUGGUACAUCAGAACCAUGGAGAGAGAAACUUCCACAUCUUCUACCAGCUAGUGGAGGGAGGAGAGGAGGACAUGCUACGCUGGCUGGGUCUGGAGAGGAACUGUCAACACUAUAGCUACCUGGUACAGGUGGGAGAGGUAACCUAUCAGCACUACAGUUACCUGGUACAGGUGGGAGAGGUAACCUAUCAACACUAUAGCUACCUGGUACAGGUGGGAGAGGUAACCUAUCAACACUACAGUUACCUGGUACAGGUGGGAGAGGUAACCUAUCAACACUAUAGCUACAGUGGGGAAAAAAAGUAUUUAGUCAGCCACCAAUUGUGCAAGUUCUCCCACUUAAAAAGAUGAGAGAGGCCUGUAAUUUUCAUCAUAGGUACACGUCAACUAUGACAGACAAAAUGAGAAAAAAAAAUCCAGAAAAUCACAUUGUAGGAUUUUUUAUGAAUUUAUUUGCAAAUUAUGGUGGAAAAUAAGUAUUUGGUCAAUAACAAAAGUUUCUCAAUACUUUGUUAUAUACCCUUUGUUGGCAAUGACACAGGUCAAAUGAUUUCUGUAAGUCUUCACAAGGUCUUCACACACUGUUGCUGGUAUUUUGGCCCAUUCCUCCAUGCAGAUCUUCUCUAGAGCAGUGAUGUUUUGGGGCUGUCGCUGGGCAACAUGGACUUUCAACUCCCUCCAAAUAUUUUCUAUGGAGUUGAGAUCUGGAGACUGGCUAGGCCACUCCAGGACCUUGAAAUGCUUCUUACGAAGCCACUCCUUCGAUGCCCGGACGGUGUGUUUGGGAUCAUUGUCAUACUGAAAGACCCAGCCACGUUUCAUCUUCAAUGCCCUUGCUGAUGGAAGGAGGUUUUCACUAAAAAAUCUCACGAUACAUGGCCCCAUUCAUUCUUUCCUUUACACGGAUCAGUCGUCCUGGUCCCUUUGCAGAAAAACAGCCCCAAAGCAUGAUGUUUCCACCCCCAUGCUUCACAGUAGGUAUGGUGUUCUUUGGAUGCAACUCAGCAUUCUUUGUCCUCCAAACACGACGAGUUGAGUUUUUACCAAAAAGUUAUAUUUUGGUUUCAUCUGACCAUAUGACAUUCUCCCAAUCCUCUUCUGGAUCAUCCAAAUGCACUCUAGCAAACUUCAGACGGGCCUGGACAUGUACUGGCUUAAGCAGGGGGACCCGUCUGACACUGCAGGAUUUGAGUCCCUGGCGGCGUAGUGUGUUACUGAUGGUAGGCUUUGUUACUUUGGUCCCAGCUCUCUGCAGGUCAUUCACUAGGUCCCCCCGUGUGGUUUUGGGAUUUUUGCUCACCAUUCUUGUGAUCAUUUUGACCCCACGGGGUGAGAUCUUGCGUGGAGCCCCAGAUCGAGGGACAUUAUCAGUGGUCUUGUAUGUCUUCCAUUUCCUAAUAAUUGCUCCCAUAGUUGAUUUCUUCAAACCAAGCUGCUUACCUAUUGUAGAUUCAGUCUUCCCAGCCUGGUGCAGGUCUACAAUUUUGUUUCUGGUGUCCUUUGACAGCUCUUUGGUCUUGGCCAUAGUGGAGUUUGGAGUGUGACUGUUUGAGGUUGUGACCAGGUGUCUUUUAUACUGAUAACAAGUUCAAACAGGUGCCAUUAAUACAGGUAACGAGUGGAGGACAGAGGAGCCUCUUAAAGAAGAAGUUACAGGUCUGUGAGAGCCAGAAAUCUUGCUUGUUUGUAGGUGACCAAAUACUUAUUUUCCACCAUAAUUUGCAAAUAAAUUCAUUAAAAAUCCUACAAUGUGAUUUUCUGGAAUUGUUUUUCUCAUUUUGUCUGUCAUAGUUGACGUGUACAUAUGAUGAAAAUUACAGGCCUCUCUCAUCUUUUUAAGUGGGAGAACUUGCACAAUUGGUGGCUGACUAAAUACUUUUUUUCCCCACUGUACCUGGUACAGGUGGGAGAGGUAACCUAUCAAUGCUGUAGUUACCUGGUACAGUUGGGAGAGGUAACCUAUCAACACUACAGUUACCUGGUACAGGUGGGAGAGGUAACCUAUCAAUGCUGUAGUUACCUGGUACAGUUGGGAGAGGUAACCUAUCAACACUACAGUUACCUGGUACAGGUGGGAGAGGUAACCUAUCAGCACUACAGUUACCUGGUACAGGUGGGAGAGGUAACCUAUCAGCACUACAGUUACCUGGUACAGGUGGGAGAGGUAACCUAUCAACACUAUAGCUACCUGGUACAGGUGGGAGAGGUAACCUAUCAACACUACAGUUACCUGGUACAGGUGGGAGAGGUAACCUAUCAACACUAUAGCUACCUGGUACAGGUGGGAGAGGUAACCUAUCAAUGCUGUAGUUACCUGGUACAGUUGGGAGAGGUAACCUAUCAACACUACAGUUACCUGGUACAGGUGGGAGAGGUAACCUAUCAAUGCUGUAGUUACCUGGUACAGUUGGGAGAGGUAACCUAUCAACGCUACAGUUACCUGGUACAGUUGGGAGAGGUAACCUAUCAACGCUACAGUUACCUGGUACAGUUGGGAGAGGUAACCUAUCAACGCUACAGUUACCUGGUACAGUUGGGAGAGGUAACCUAUCAACGCUACAGUUACCUGGUACAGUUGGGAGAGGUAACCUAUCAAUGCUGUAGUUACCUGGUACAGUUGGGAGAGGUAACCUAUCAACGCUGUAGUUACCUGGUACAGUUGGGAGAGGUAACCUAUCAACGCUACAGUUACCUGGUACAGUUGGGAGAGGUAACCUAUCAACGCUACAGUUACCUGGUACAGUUGGGAGAGGUAACCUAUCAACGCUACAGUUACCUGGUACAGGACCUUUACAAUUGAACAGUAUGAGUAUGUAUUAAAGAGGCAAAGAAUCAGUGAUUCCAUGGAGUGGGCCAUUAUCAUCUGGAUAUUAUCUCCUGUCUCACCCAGGGGGAAUGUGCCAAAGUCAGCUCAAUCAACGACAAGAGUGACUGGAAGAUGGUACGGAAAGCCCUCAGUGUCAUAGAGUUCAGUGAGAGCAAUAUAGAGGUGAGUCCUAAUCUCUCUACACUACCAUCAGAGACUGAAAAGUGAACAGAUCAUAUCACUUAUCAUAAGAAAAAUGUAUCACUUAUGACCGGUGUCUUCUCUUGCCCAUAAUGUAGAGCCUGUUUGCAAUCAUUGCUAGCGUACUUCACCUGGGAAAUGUUAAGUUUGUGGCUGACUCACAGGGAUACGCCACUCUCAACAACAGUCCAGAGAUACAUUGGCUGUCCAAGGUGAGACACUUCUGACAGCAAACUACAAACUAAUGGACAGUCACUCUAUUUAGCAGUAUACAAAUCACAGAAAACGACCUAAGUACUCUCCCUUUUCAGACAUUAUGGCAACUUUUCAGAUUAAGUUAAAUCCCUUUUCAAUUAGAGUAUUUGGUGAUGUGUGAUUGGUUGUUUCUCUGCUGUGUAGUUGCUGGGCAUUCCUGCACAGGUGAUACAGGUGGGUUUGACCCACAGGAAGAUUGAGGCCAGGUCAGAAGAGGUGAGGAAGAUUUUUGGGCUCAUUCAUAGAACUUCAUACCAUCACAGUAAAUGUGCAACCUGUCUCUUGAAAGCCAAUCUCUGUGGUUUGUCUGUUGUGCUGGUCAGUUGCUCAGUCCCUUCACCGUUGACCAUGCAGUAUACGCCAGGGACGCUCUAGCCAAAGCCAUCUAUGGCCGCACCUUCACCUGGCUGGUUAACAAGCUCAAUGAGUCUUUAGCAAACAAGGUGAGUGACCUUUUUCAGUGUUCCACCAAUAAGAGUGAUGAUGUCCUGGUCCAAAACGACAUCUAACCAAUCAUGACACUGCUAACAAGUAUAGGAUAUACAGUAAGUAGGAAGACAGUAAUAUAGGAGGCUGACUGAUAUUGUGCGUCCAUGUAGGAUUCCUCCAGGAAGACAGUGAUUGGUCUGCUUGACAUCUAUGGGUUUGAGGUGUUCAAAAUGAACAGGUGAGGGGAGACGCAGUUGGUCAACACCUGUUGUAUUCGGCGCAUGUGAUAUAAUUUGAUUUGACAGUGACAUUUUUGAGUGUCUGAAAUGAUGAGCCUAAUGACUUGUCUCUAUAUAUUUCAGCUUUGAGCAGUUCUGCAUCAACUACUGUAACGAGAAACUGCAGCAGCUCUUCAUCCAGCUCACCCUGAAGUCAGAGCAGGAGGAGUACGAGAUGGAGGGGAUUGACGUAAAUGCUCCUCCUCUACUCAAAUCUGGUUUGGACUGGGCUACAAAUCUGAUGUAAUGGGCUACACAGCUUCACGUUUUGUAUUGUUGUUUUUCAGUGGGAGCCAGUGCCAUACUUCAACAACAAGAUCAUCUGUGACCUGGUGGAGGAGAAAUUCAAAGGCAUCAUUUCAGUGCUAGUAUGUAGAUACUGUAGACUGACUGGUUGACUGAUUUACUGACAGUCAGAUUGAAAUGUAGUCAGACACGAUAUCUUUGGAUUGGUUUAGCGCUUAUGUUCAGUUUCAUUUCCACUAGGACGAGGAGUGUCUACGUCCGGGAGAGGCCACAGACAUGACCUUCCUGGAGAAGCUGGAGGAGAAGAUGGGAGGUCACCCCCAUUUCGUCACGUGAGUGAGGCAGUGUUUGGAUACUGUAGCACAGUAAUACAUUUCAAACAAGACCUAUUGGAUAAAGCUGAGCUCCCCAGCUGACAGAUGAGGAUGGAGGGGUCACGGUCUGCCUCUGUAACACCUGACUAGAACAUCCUCUUCUCUCUGUCCACAUCCUGCAGACACAAGCUGGCUGACCAGAAGACCCGGAAGACUCUGGAACGAGGAGACUUCCGCCUCUUACACUACGCAGGGGAAGUCACAUACUGUGUGGUCGGUGAGAAAUGAGUUCCACAACGUAAUAUACCCUUCCUCUCACACAGUUUCUGUAUACUGCUCUCCAUAUUUGUCUCUCUAAUGUGUCUCUUUGAUAUUGUUUCAGUAAGCCAAAUAUGUCUCAAGAGUCGCCCCCAGUUCUCAUCACUUUCUGUCUCACUGACAUAAAGUGUUGGCAGUCUUUUUCAGUUUACUCUCAACCAUACCUCUCUGUUUUCCAGGAUUCCUGGACAAAAAUAAUGAUCUCCUGUACAGGAACAUUAAAGAGGUAAGUAUGCCCAGGGCUCUCACUGGCACUGCUGUGGUCCGGAAUCUACAUCCUGCCAACUGCUGUAUUAUUCAUUGUUAAGCACACCUGUGAAUUAUAGAGGAGCUGAUUGUUAAGCAUUGCUUUGGGAUAGACUGACAGGACUUUUAAGAGGGAGGACAAUGGGAGUGUUUGUUCUACUGCCUCUUGGUUUUGAAAAGAAACCAGUUCUUUAUCUUUCAUCCUGAGAGAUUUAACUGAGAGAUUUUCCACCUUCAGGUUAUGCGCCAGUCUAAGAAUGCCAUUGUUAAACACUGCUUUCCCACCACUGAGCCGGACAGCAAGAAGAGACCUGAAACAGUAAAGAGACUUUCUGAUGACAAAUGAUCCACCAAAGUGAAUUAGAAACAAACCCAUCCUUUACUGUUAUGUGUGUAUGGUGAUCUGAUCUUCCCAUAAGCUUGCAUGUUAAUCCCCUGUCUCCUCAGGUGGCCACUCAGUUUAAGAGCAGUCUGGUAGGCCUGACUGAGAUCCUCAUGUCUAAAGAGCCCUGGUACGUCCGCUGUAUGAAGCCUAAUGAAGGCAAGCAGCCAGGUGAGGCCUCAUCUAUAAACCUUAACUACCACCCACACAUACAGUACGGUAGUCUAUUUGCCUAAGCCCUACACACCUACAUACUCAGUACAGCCAUUACACCAAACGGAACCUUCCCUAAUGGACUUGACCAAUGCAUGCCCUACAACGUGUUACUUGGUGCAUUCAUUCAUAGUGCAUGACCUGAUGCCUGUAGCCUUGUGACCUCUCUCUCGCCUCGUGCAGGGCGCUUUGACGAUGUGUUGGUGAGACACCAGGUGAAGUACCUGGGGCUGAUGGAGCACCUGAGGGUCAGACGGGCCGGCUUUGCUUACCGCCGGAGAUAUGAGAUCUUCCUGCAGAGGUCAACACAACCUGCACUUCACAGUUCUGUAGAUCAUGUGCAGUUGCUCUGUCCAGCACAAACUGCUCUGAUACAUGGCUGCAUUACAGUAUGUUGAUCUGGUGCUCUCUAAACAAUAUUAUUUAACACAGGUGUUUCCUGUUGUCCCUGUCAGGUACAAGCCCCUGUGUCCAGACACCUGGCCUAACUGGAAAGGUACAGCCGCAGAGGGGGUGGAGUGCCUGAUCAAGCACCUGGGCUACAAGCCUGAUGAGUACAAGAUGGGAAGGUGAGGUGCUCUCCAGGAUUGUAGGGUUGGGUUCACCUGGUAAUACACAGUCUGGCUGUUUCUCACUGGCUUGUCUUUCAUGACACAAAAAAAGGACCAAGAUCUUUAUCCGGCAUCCCAGGACUCUGUUUGCCACCGAAGACGCCUUUGAGGUCUGCAAGCAUGAGCUGGGUGGGUCCUGGCUCUAGCUUAAGCCUUUCAAACAACAGAUCACUACAAAAAUUAUGGAAUUGGAUUGUUAAAUGGCGUUGGAUUAUUUCAAAGAUGUUAGAAAUUGAACCUAUUUGCCUCUGAAGUCAGGUUUUAUGAAUGCCUCUUUAUCUUAAAGCUACAAGGAUCCAGGCAAAGUACAAAGGCUACAGAGUGAAGGGAGACUACAUGAGACAGAGGCAAGCAGGUAACUGCUGAACGAGACACAACAGGCCUCUACUUUGACUUCCUUGGAACUAGUAUAACAAAUAUGAUACAUAAGUCUAUGAUAACUUUAUCAGCUUGUGUUGUCUUGUUAGCUACAAAGAUUGAGACAUGCUGGAGAGGCAUGAAGGCCAGGAGAGAGAGGGAGAAGAGAGCCUGGGCUGUCAAGGUCAUUAAGAGGUAAGAGACAAAAAUCUGAAGAGACUUCCAAAGACAAAGGUCCAACAUCUACCACACAGAAUGAAAUGACGUAAAACUCACCAAUCAAAUAUCUUGUACUUAUAUUUUGUAGGUUCAUCAAGGGCUUCAUGACUAGAAAUCAGCCAGCCUGUGUUGACAACACAGAGUACCUGGCGUUUGUCAGGCAAAACUACCUCACACGGCUCAAGGAGAAUCUACCCAAAACAGUCCUGGACAAGAACACCUGGCUAACCCCUCCUCCCAUUAUGCAGGAGGUGAGUCUCAAUAGGGAAUUGACUGUAUUUGAAUACUAACCUCGUUCUGCACACCUGUGUGUCAUGGUAUAAUGAGUAUACUCAUUACAUACAUUUGUACUUGUAGGCCUCACAGAUGUUGAGGAAACUCUACACCAGGCACAUGGUACGGAAGUACGUACACGGAAUCAUGACAGAGAGGAAAGCACAGGUAGGCCUACCCUACAAGCCAGGGUGCUUUAAUGCAUAUGUGUACUGUAUUUGACUAUAGGGCCUCACUGAUCCCUCUAUAUAUCUCUAUUGUGUUUGCUUACCCCAUUUACAGUUGCAUAUCAAAGGAAUGACCAGUUCCUUAUUCAAAGGAAGAAAAGAGAACUACCCUCACAGUGUGGGCAUACCAUUCAUGGACACCAGGAUAAGUAAGGCAUGAUGUGCCCAAUUGUGUGCCUCUUAUAAUAAUGACCAGCAUUUAUGUCAUUUGACCAGUUGCAUUGUUAUCUGGUCAGGUGAGGAAGACAUCCACAUUAAAGUCUACCAGAUGAUUAGGCAAGAACGCAUCAAGGUAAACACACAGAGCUAAAUAAGUUAUGUAAAAGUUCAAAUAAACUUGAAUGUUCAAAUUAAAGUAUGCUCCAUACCUUCCCACAGUACAGUGUUCCUGUGGUGAAGUACGACAGGAAUGGCUUCAGGCCUCGUUUCAGACAGCUGAUCUACACUGGAACUGCAGCCUACCUGGUGGAGGAGGCCAAGAUCAAACAGCGGGUCGAGUUCAACAACCUCAAAGGUUAGCACCACUGAGUGUGGAUUAAAGCUGACUAGAUGUGUGUGCAUGUGUCAAGUUUUUUCUCUUUCAAUGGAAUAGUCUGUGUGUGUAUACUGUGUUAAUUCAACCACUGUUCUAAUUAUCUGGGUGGUGUUCUUCCAGGUGUGUCAGUCAGCAACCUGAGUGACAACUUCCUGAUCCUCCAUGUCCAAUGUGAGGAUAUCAAGCAAAAGGUUGGCUGCUCAAAAAGCUUUUCAUUGAUGUGCACAAAUGUUUUUUUUAUGAUUAAGCUUUGCACCGGUUCUUUUCUGAAUGGAUAGAACUAGAAUAGUAGAACAUGUGCAUUUCCAUUGUUGCAUUUUCUAUUUGCUCAGGGGGACCUGGUGCUGCAGUGUGACUACCUGUUUGAGGCCUUGACCAAGUUGUGUCUGGUGGCCAACAAGCACAAUUUUAUCAAAGUAGUCCAGGGCAGGUAAGACCUAUGUUCAACUCGUUACUUGUCUUUAAAAAAAAUACCAACUGUCGCCAAAGGUAUUAACGUAAUGUUAUAUAUUAUGUCUGUGGUCAUUUGCAGUGUAAAGUUUGACAUCCAGCCGGGCAGAGAGGGGUUUGUUGACUUCAAGAGUGGCCAGGAGACCAUGAUUUACAGAGCAAAGAAUGGCCAUCUGAUGGUGGUGAGUAUGAAACUAAAGACUGUGUGGCCAUUUAAUUCUCAAAUGAACAAAUACAUUUUCUAAACUAUUGAUAAACAGUAGGCUAGGACAUAUAAACACUUCUCUUAUAUUUACUCAGGAAUCAACUCGAACAAAGUCCCGGUCAAUGAUAAAUUGAACUGGAUCCCCUUACACUCAUCAAAGUAAUGGACUGGGCCAAUAAUCAGAUUCUACAAGGUUUUAGGCAUCUUGGGACUUACAUCAUGAAUGAGAACCUGCAUCCUCUCAAUAAGGGUUGGACAUAAUGAAAUGAACAGAAAUCUCAACAAAUGGUUCAUCCUGUGGAGAAAACCCCAAAAGAACGACUACUGAUGUUCUACUCUGAAAAUGUCACCAGUUAUUAAGCUAUACAUCAAAUGCAUAGGCUCAGUUGUGACUUAUCAAGCAAAGCUGUCAUUAUAAUAGGGCUCAUUUGUAAAAUAUGGUUUUGCUUUUGGUAUAUUUUCAUACGUUGAAAUGUAUGCACGCAUGAUUAUAAGUCGCUUUGGAUAAAAG